UCAGUGUUUUUCAUCUGGGCGGGACACAGUCACUGGGUUCUUCUCAACGGAACAACACCUCGGGCUAUCCAUCCACCCUCCUGUCCCUACGCAAGCUCCUCCCGUUGUGCAUUUAUAGAACGCCCGGGACAAUGGACAAGGCACGAGUCACGGUACACGAGGGAGACGGGGACUUUGAUUUCGAGGAGUAUCUGCGGUAUUCGCUCUCCUCCUCGGCCCUGGAUGGCAGUCUCCCCGAUGACCAAGACUUGAUGGGGAUGAACAAUGAGAUCAUCAGUACCCAGUUAGCCAGAUCCGGCGGAUACGAGAGGGACCUGGGGGGCAUCAUCACUGAAAUGAGUACCCGGUAUGCCCAGGUGUACGAGAGCCUCGACCUGGGUGAAGGCAGUGAUGAUUCUGGAACGGGUGACGAUGAAGAGGGAAGCCCGAUGGAUGAGGCAGAGGAUGGCGACGAAACCGAGGAAGAUGACGAAAUGGAUGAAGAAGAAGAAGAGAAAGAGGGAGAUGAUAAUGAUGAGGAGAUGGACCUGAACAACAACGUGAACUAAAAAAAAAAUCGAGGACUGGAUUGGAUUUCAUUGGUUGAGGAAAAGUAUAAUGAAUUUAGCCAUAACUCUUUUUGUGUGUGUGUGUGUGUGUGUGUGUGUGUGUGUGUGUGUGUGUGGUGAUGUAUAGAUAUCUAGAUAGUUUGAUAGAUAGACAAGCAUACAUGGAUAGUUAGAUAAAAAUAUGUUGUGUAAACAGAUAAAUAAAGAUAGAUAGAUAGAUAUAGAUUGAUAUACAGAUAGAUAGGUAGAUGAAUAUAAAAACAAAGCUGUACAGAUAGAUAAAUAGAUAGAUAAAGAUAUAGAUACAAAGCUAUAGAUGGAAAUACAGAUACAGAUAAUCUUUUCUGUGUCCGAGUUUCUGUGAAGGAAGCAGAGUGUGCACGAAGGCGUUAAGUGUACACAUGCUCAAGUUGAGGUUGUGAAUAAUGCAUUGGAAUUUUUUUUAUCCCUCUCAAUUACUUGCACGCAGCGUUAUAUAUAUCUGCACUUUUAUCUGUAUUCCAAUUUUUUAUACCUUUGACUAAUAAAACUGUCAUUGUUAUCAU